AGCUGCCGGACGGUUUUAUUACUUUUUUUUUUUAAUUACUUUUUUCUGCCUGCCAGCUGGGGCGGCUCAUCCCGUCCCGUCCCUGACCGGUGCCGCUCGCCGGGGGAUGCCGCGCCCCGCGCCCCGCGGCUGAGCGGUCCCGCUGGGGCUCCAUGGGCUGCACCGGCAGCGCCCUGCGCUGCUGCCCCGUCGGUGUCGAGAGACAGCUAAAAGCCCAGCAGCAGAGGGGAUCGGCUUCCCAGGAGCUCCCGACCUUGAAGACACAGAAUGCCAAUGCCUGCCUGCUUCCUGAGCACGGGGAGAAGGCAGCACGGCCAGAGGAGUGGGCGGAGAGUGCGAGAUUCCUCCAAGGCCAGGAGGAGGAGGAGGAGCAGAAUGCCGGCCAGGCAGGCACUGCCAGCAUCUCCCAGGACAUUGAGAUCCAGGUGAAAAAGAGAAAAGAACUGGAGCUGAAGGAACAGCUUGAUGCCCUGAGGAGAGAGCACACAGAAACCCUGCAAGAGCUCCAGGGAGCACAUGAGCAGGAGAAGCUGCUGCUGACAGAGUCCCACCACAGGUCUGAGGCAGCCUUACAGGAGAAAAUUCAGGCACUGAAUUCCCAGCUGAAAUCCUUCCAGGACAGGAUGAAGCGGGUGGAGGAGUCACUCUUGAGAACAGACUACAAGAAGCACAUCCAGGAGCACGGGAGCCCCAGCCCCUUCUGGGAGCAGGAGCUGGAGAGCCUGCACUUCGUCAUCGAGAUGAAGAACGAGUACAUCCACGGCCUGGACAAGAAGCUGCUGCACCUGGAGACCGUGGAGGAGAGGAACCUUCUGCUGGAGGAGAAGGUGAAAACCCUCCAGCAGGAGAACGAGGACUUGCAAGUUCGCACCCAGAACCACUUGGUCAUGGCGAGGCAGCUCUCCGAGGAGCUCCAGGCGGCCCGCGGGGCGCUGGAGAAGGAGGCGCAGCUGCUGGAUCAGGCUCGCCGGGAGAAGGAGGAGCUGCUGUACCGAGUGCUCAACGCCGGGGACGGCGCCCCCUUCCCCAUGGCUACCGGAGAGGUGCCCCUCAUCGCCACGUAGCACCGACGGCACCGGGGACUGCCGGGGCUGCCCUGCGAGCCCAGGGCUGCUCUCACAAGUGCCCCGGUCGGAGCAGGGCUCUGGGCUGGCCGAGCCCUCGGUGCACCUCAUGGACGGCAGUGAUGGAGCAUUUCACGGGACAUUUACUCCUGCAUUUCCCCAGCCCGUGUGGGGCUGCAGAGGGACCCUGGCCUCCCACCCACACAUUUCCUGCACCCCUUCCUCUGGUGAGGGGGUGUCUCGGGGUGAACGGGGUCAGCCAGGACACACAGACUUGCUUUGGGUCAGAUCUGACCCAGCACUUGGCUCUGAGUAUAAACAGCACCGGUGCUGCCCCAGGGCAUGAGGACGAUGAGGAGGCCACUAGGAAAAGCGCCUGGAGGAUGAGGAGGGCACUGGGGACCUGGUGUUAACCUCACAAGGCAGGGCUCCCACUCAUGCCCUCCUAUUCCCAUCACCUCCUCCACCUUCAGCAAAUGUCUCCCAGGUACUGCUCUUGCAGCUCAGGCAUGUCCCAGCUCUCUGCCACAAAGACCCCAAGCCCUACUUGUCCCUGCUGCCCAUCAGCAGCCCCACCAGUCCCAUCUUCUGCCCCAAAAGCUGAACAGAGGCUGGAGCUGCACAUCAGGGAGCAGAGAGUCCUCCCAGGGGGUGGAUGCUUUGGCAGGUCACAUCCCUCUGCUUGAGGCAGGGCAUCCCCAGCAGGGAAGAUGCUGCCAGCAUGGCUGUGGCUCAGGGCUGGAUGCACACAAGCACUUUCCCCUGGGUGCACGAGUGUGGUGGGAGCCACUGCUCUGGAGCUGUCACAGGCCUGUCCCCUCCCCAGGGCUGUUUAGCCAGAGCUGUAGGUGUGUGUGGGUAUGUUUGGGUAUGUGUGGGUGUGUGUGGGUGUGUGUGUGCACCAGCCAAGGUGCUGCUGGCUGCAAGGAUUACAGAUCUGUAAGAAGCAGCAGCCUCAGGAAUCCCACGUCAGUGGUUUGGGGGACUGGUGCAGGAGGGUCCCAGAGUGGGGCUGUGUGCUCCACACCCCAUACAGUGGGAAGAAGGGGAAGGGUGGGAGCUGGCACCACAAAGACUCAACAAGGAAGGUCCAGAUGAGGCCCUU